GUCAAAUCCACACCAAAUAUUUACUCAUACCCAAAUCACAAAUCUCGUCUCUUUUGGCUGCUCUUCGUCUAUUCGAUUUCCCCCCCUCAAAAAAGCAAAGCCCUAAUAAAGCAAAGCAAAGCAAAACAAAUCAAGUAAGUAAACGCUUCAGUCUCCCGCCCGUCUUUCACAACACAAUUCCUUCUUUCUCUUUUCUGGGUACGCUUCUUUUCGUCUGAAAUACUUCUUCGAGGAAUCUCCGCACAAACCAUAAUAAAACCCAUAUUCAUUUGCUCCUUCUCCGGUUCCAUCGAUUCAGAAGAUUUCCGCGGCCAUCUCCGUUUGAUGCUAAUUAUAUAGAUAACAUGGAGAGUAGUGAUGAUGUUGUAAUUUCAAAUGGGUUAGAUAAUGACAGAAUGGUAUCUAAUGCUAAAGAAGAUACAAUUGGUGUUGAAUUCCUUGAGGAUUUUGAUUCUUACAUGGAAGAUAUCAACGAGAGAUUGGUGGUUUCGCGAAUGGUAAGUGAUUCUGUCAUGAAGGGAAUAGUGAAUGCAGUUGAACAAGAGGCAUCUGAAAGAAUUACUGACAAAGAAUUUGAGAUUUCUCUUCUGAAAGAAUCUCUAUCUUUUCACCAAACUGGUUCUGAUAGAAGUGGUUAUUCGGAUGAUGUUGGCAGCCUACGAAUUGUGGCGAUAGAUCUGGUUAAGAAGAUGAAGAAAGAGAUUGAUAGACUUAAAGGGGGUUCUCCUUCGAUUCGAAAGAUGGCUUCUGGUUCAGAGUUGAUGGGUUUGGGCGAAAUUCUACAGGAUAAAGUUUCCAACAAUUUUGCUGUAAUGGAAAACUCUCUCGAUGAUUUGGAAACCACCAUUGAUAAGAUUUGUUCGGAGGAUUCAUCGAUAAGUGAGUGGAAGCAUGAACAGGAGUUGCAGAGAGAGCUUGAAGGAUUUAUUAUUCAGAUUUCAAUUAAGAAUCUUCAAGAAGAAUUCGCAGAGAGUUUAAAGUAUCAAAGCUGCAGUUACUGUGAAAACAUGGUCGAGAAAAUCAACAAGAUUUCAAGUUUGCGGAAGGAUCUGAAUGAAAUCCUGAACUCGGUUUCGAAUUCCGAAUCUCACAAUUUGGAUAGUCAUCACCGCAAAUUUUCGCUGGACAGUCACGUGUUUUCGUCAAUAAUGCGAGGAAAUGGAGUUUCAAACGAGUCUACAAAUGGUACGCUCGAUAAAUGGAGCGCUGCCCAGUUUAAGCACUUGCAAAAGGACGAGUUGGUUGAAUAUUUCAAUACUGAAAUUUCGAAGAUGAGGAGGAACCAUGAAAGCACGGUUCAGGAGAUGACCGAAGAUUAUUUUACUCUGAGACGAGAAUAUUUGAAAGAAAAUGGUUCAUCUUCACCGUUUCGCAAAGAUAAAGAAUUGGAUGUUUUGAAGAAAAAAAUCCAAGAGAUCAUAUCGAGAUUGGACGAUAUCCCUCUGGAAAAUAAAAAACUGUCCGUAGUAACAAACGGGGAUAGAUUGAACGACAGGCUGAAUGAUCUUACAUCUGAAAACCAUCAACUUAGAGAAACUAUUCUCGAAAAGAAAAAGGAAAUGACAUUUUUAUCAGAUCAAGCUUCUAAUGCAUCAGAGAAGAUGACACAGUACUCAUUAAACGAGAUCAAGUUACUGAAAUCAAUUGAAGAUCUCCGAUCUUUCGAGGAAAACACAUUCCUCGAGAAUUUGAUUGCUUCAGAGGUAUUCAAAUGCACCUUUGAAGACUUAAGAUCAUUUCAGGCCAUAAACGCUACUACUGAAGCGCUGGAAAUUGAUGAGGCAGAACUAGAACACUUGGCUAUGCAAGGGCUUUGUGAAAUUCUCUACGAAGAAGCUUUAAAGGAAGCCGAGUUACAAAUUAAAGAACUAAAAAUUAGAAACGCUUCAGAGUUUGAUCGCCGCGUUCAUCUUGAGCAUAACGUAACUGAAAAAGAAGAUAAACUGAAAAGUCUUAUUCACGAGAAGGAAGAUUUGGAGAAGAAGUUAAAACUAGCGGAACUUUUGGUGGAAAAGCAUGGGAAUUCGACAUUCGAAAUGUCAAUGUUGUUAACCAAGGAGAAAGAACGCGUUGAACUAGCUUACAAAGAGAUCAAUGAUUUGAAGGAGAAAACCUGUUUGCAGGAAUCAUUGAUCUCCGAGAAAAGCAAAGAACUCGAUGCCAUCAAAAGUAAAUUGUUGGAGAUAUCACAACAAAACGAGGCGCAUACUUUGCAAAUAAGAGAACUAAAAGAAAAUUUAGAAUCGCUAACGCUUCAGUUUACAAGCAUCGACAAAGAGAGGCAGUCACUUCUGGCUGCCAAUCAAGAGAAAUUGGGAGCUCUUUCAUUGCUAGAAGCUAAGGAGGAAAAACAAAGAGAACAAAAUGAGGCGCAAACUUUGGAAAUAAGUGAAUUAAAAGAAAAUUUUGAAUCACUAGUGCUUCAGUUUACAAGUGUCGAUGAAGAGAGGCAGAGGCUUGUGGCUGCUAAUCAAGAGAAAUUGGGAGCUCUUGUAUUGCUAGAAGCGAAUGAGGAAACACAAAGAAAACAAAUUAACGCUCUCAGUGUUUCUGUCAGCAGCCUUUCAGAUUCACUAGCCAAAUUUGAGGACAAAGUAUUUGAGGAUAUUAAAAAUGAUAGCUCGAGGUUAGAAGGGUUAAGUUAUGAAGUGCGUCCUCUCAUCAAGGAUGUUAAAAUACUGAAAAGAACUAGUUUUCUGUAUAAACAACAGCUUGAAAGGGUAUCAGAUACCCUCCAACUAGCUGAGGCUGAGGUUGAUCUUUUGGGCGAUGAGGUGGAUGUGCUAUUAGGUCUUCUUAAGAAAAUCUACAUAGGACUUGAUCACUAUUCACCAAUUUUGCAAUAUUAUCCUGGUAUUAUGGAGAUCCUUAGGUUGGUUCAGAGAGAAUUGCGGGUAGAACCUACUAAACAUGCGUCAUGAUGUGAUUAACAAGGUUUUCUGAUUUGAAGACACAAACAAAGUUUAAAGUCCAAAAGAUAUAGAAUGGAGGGAUGCAACAUGUAGAGCAAAAUAGUGAGCUGAUUAUUAUUGGUUAUUGGUUUUUUUUUUUUUAUUGUUGACGAAGGGUUGUUGUUAUUGUUGUUUAACCUUGUUUUGAACAUAUCGUAAAUUUGCUUUAGUGCUAGGUGGGUGACCUAAGGUUAGUUUUUGUUUUUGUUAGCACAAACAAAUGUUUGUUUUAUACAGGCAGAUCCAUUGUUAGGCCUAAAUGUUUUUAAUUUUGAUCAUAUAAUUCAGAAUCAACAUUCAUAUUGCAUUGAAACAUGUAUUAAAAGAUGAGUUAAAAAGUUGUCAUAUUUAAAACA